UUUGAGCAGAUUUCUAAACUCUGAUCUUCCAGCCACUUAACUGUGUAACGUAAAUGUGUCAGUUCAGAGAACCGUCCUGCUGUGAAACAGGAUCUGUUUGUUGGAAGAAACAAAGCAAGACUAUAACAGAGAGACAGGACGUAAUAGACAAGUACAUGGGGAGUAUGGUCAGACUCUUCUGUCCAGUUGACCUCGUUUUCAUCUUAACUUACGCAAUCACAAUUAACAACUAACCCACUUCUACAUUCUACUGACCAAUAAGUAUUGUUUUCAACUUUACCUUAUUUCUUGGAAAAAAAGGAAAAGUUGUUAGCCAAUUAGAGAAGCGAAGACUUACGUCACCAUUUUCAAUCCGGCUAGUAUAAAAACAGUUCGAAAAGAUUCAUUAUUUCACAUCGCAAAGAAAAUUGAUAGUAAGGAGUUAGUUACUCUUGACGACAGUAUUAUAUAGCACGAUGCUGACUUCCGGAAGAAUUUAUCUUUUGACUUGCAUAGUAGUAGUCUGCAUGGUUAACUCAUUAGUAGCCUUGUCAGUCUCUAGUAAGACCGCAUCAAGAAAACCUAAAGAAUUGGACAUCAAUCGACUAGCAAGGACCGCUGACCUCGUCACAAAAGGUCUCGCCAUACUAAGUGAAGUCAAAUGGGCAGCUAUUGCAUCUACUGUUGGGGCUACUGUGCUUAGUCAUCUCACCACCAUUUGGUCAGGGAUCCAGUACGUUGGUAUAGCGUAUGGUAUAAUAUAUCUCAUAUUUACCGUAGCAUCAUGGCUGUUCCCAAGUCUCUAUGCCAUUCCAUUGUCUCUAGGCCUGUCUCCUACAAUCCCUCUCUUUCGUUCUCUGAAGUCAACUGUUGCAGAGAUGGAUGUCGGGCGGAUGAUGCGUGCUCUUGAAUCUUUAGACCUUACUGAAUCGUCCUUCCAGUAUUUAGAGAUUCCGGAACCACAGUGUCAGAACCGAGCUGUCUGCGAACUGGGAGAAUACAUGGCUAACGAUUAUCCUAUUGUUACCAGAUUCAUUGGAUUAGCAGCCUCCGUCACCCCGAGUCUACAUAGCUACAGCGUUUACUUACGAAAUACUACCGAACAUCCUCACUGUCAACAGAUUUUCGCCGACUGUGACUACUCCCCUCUAGAGAAACUUCGAUAUCGCUGGUUAAAUGCAACUUCCUAGGCACAAACUUCUUAUUUCGAACAUUUAAAAAUAGUCUUUUAUCCGGUGGCUUACUUGCAUAAUUAUUUAUCAGGAUAUCCUAAUAAGUUUGUAGAUUAUCGAUGGUUUGAUUUUCUAAAAGAAGGUUGUGUUUUUCAUCUCUUUGUAAUACCUAUAAAUAAGUCAAUAAAUAUAGUACGUAAGGACAUUCCUUUUGUAAUACCUAUAAA